AUGUUUUUUUCGACAGAACCAUUCUCUCGCCCGCUUUUCCAGUCCGUCAAUACGUCGCCUUAUAAUGACCUGUCCUGCAUCCUGAAGCCGCCCCCAACCAAGUCCUGUCCCAAUUUGGAUCCAGCCGACACUCAAUCUCAGCCCUUCAGAACAUGGUUUUCCAGGCCAUUCAAACCGUCGUGUACAGGUCGUCACCAUCGCACUAAUUGUGAUAAUAUAGUUUCUUCGGGCACAGGGUGGGCUGGAUUCAUCUACUUCCGUGCAAGUCACCAGUGUUUGCUCGGUCUUGCUCUACCGGAGCCGCCAUUCCUCUUUGCCGUCCUGGUGCACGCCCUCGAGGCCAUCUGGGCCGUGAACCUGCCGCUUCGUUUACUGCUUCGAUUGGGCCAAGCGGCUCACUACUAUCCAACUUCUCUGCUGAUGGAUCGUGACCGGGCGCCAGUAUUCGCUGGACCUCUGGGUCCUCCUAGCCUCGUGCUUUAUUUGGCUGCCCUACGGGUGGCGCCUGGUUCUGACCCAUCUCUCAUGGCCUUGAACUAUAUCCCCGCUUGGAGUAGAGCUACCGGUAGUGCUGAUUCUGGUGGACCAAAUGCUGUCGGUAGUUCAGGAGAGGCGACCAUUCAUCCUUCUAUCUGUGGCUGGUAUAAUGAUAAUGUCGGAGGCGACCGAAUUACUGAUUUGUUUCGCUUAUCUGGUCUCAAUGUGCACCUGUCUAGCAUGCCGAACCAAUCUCCAGAGGCUUGUCCACUGUUGACUGUAGUCGUAAAUACUAUUGAGAUUCGUUUAUCCUUUGCAUAA